UAAUUUUUUUGCGGACUAUCAUAACAUAAAACAUUGACAGUGUUUUGAAUAUUUUUUUCAUCCAAGCACAGCUAAGUAGAAUGCGUUUUUACUAGGUCCGUAGUUGUAUUAGAUUAAGAGCGAAAGCACCUAUUAUGAAUUCGAAAGAUAACAACAGUUUGAAGACAACUUCAUAUCCGAUUUUUAAAUAAUAGAGAAUACCUAUGACAUUGUCUCCAAAAUCUUGUCAUCUUUCGAUUUUGUUACUAGUAUUUUUGCUCUAAAAUCAUUACGGAGUGAUUAAAACACAUUCUGCGUAGGUAUGUUCAACGCUGAAAAAUUGGUUUUAUGAACGUGUGUAUAAUUAUGGCUCGAUUUGUCCAGAGUAAUUUUCGUUGAUUACAUAAGGUAGCCCACGAUGUGGUAAAAUAUUCCAACACAAAAAUCAGUAAUUGCUAAUUAUUGGUAAUUCGAAUUUGAAAACUUAUUACGGAAAUCCAAACAGAGAGGAUGCGGUGGUUUAAUUUUUUUUUUCUACGAAAACAAUGAUAUUUUUGCCAAGUUUGCCGGUUAUCAAAAUAAUCUACCUUUAUAUAAAAUAUAAAUCAUGAACUAAGAUAGCUGAUAGAUAAUAGAUAAUAGAUUAAUAUUUUAGUUAAUGAUCGAAAUAUAAUACACCAAUAAUUAAUAUAUAUAGUAUCAAGUAUAUUUCAACUAUGUCUUAAUUCGUACUUCGUUUUUUUUAUAAUUUAUCAGUCAAGUUAAAUACCUAAGAAAAAAAUACAAGUAAUGGGACUGGGGACAAAAUCCAACACCUGAAUCAGAUUAUCAUGUAAUCUGUGGUGCAUACGGCAUACGUCUUAUCACAAGAGAUACAGGUGUAACUAUAGGUGAAUUAAUUGAUCCGUUGGAUAUGGGCAACUAUGAUCGUGCAACGAAAUCAAUGAGGAAAACAAAUUAUGUAGACACCCCACAAGCAAGUUGCAGUACAAAUGACCGCUGCAUAACGUUUGUUACACGUUUUGUUAACAUAGUAUUAAGAAACACAGGAAUCUCUGAUUCAAAUGAUAAAACAUUGAGUGACAAUGUACAACUUAAAACUUACGCUGCAAUAACGAUAAACGUUAAAGAUUUGAAAACAUUAGAAACAAUGAGCGAUAACAAGAAUAUUAAUUUCAACGAAAUCGACCGAAUACUUAGUAGUAUGUUUCGGCAGAUAAAAAAUGAAACAUCAUCAUUUUCUUUUAGAGCUUUGGAUAGUAAUAAUGAAUUAUAUAGACAGAUUAUUGAUUUACUAUAUUUGCUUACAAUAAUCCUUACUGUGACUAUUCUAUUUUUUAUGAGUUUAAAGUACUUAAAAAAAAUUAUCACCAUGAAAUCAAUAAUUUUGGUUAUCAUUGUGCUUGCAUUUUUCUCUACUUGGUAUACAAUGUACAAGAAAGCUGAAAUAAGUAGAAAAAUACACAUGGACAAAAUGCCCGACUAUUGUUAUUCCAACACUAAGAACUGGUUAGGAUUUUCGUGGUUUCGUAAAAACGACAUAGAGGAAUGCAAAAAAUUCAACGAAGCAAUUCAUCUAGACCCUCUGUAUUCAAUAGCAAUCACUGAAGUAUUUGCAGAAAUGGCAAGCAAAAUCAUCAUGAAACCAUUAGAGUGUUUAGGAAGUUCGAUAUACAUUUUCAACAAUGCAGCAUUAAAGGAUCUUCCUUGGUGGACACAAGUCAUUAUGAUACCAAUAAUUAUUAUCAUUGUGAUCAAAAUGUUGUUCUUGUCUUGUGCACUGUUAGUUGGCCGAGGUUUAAGCAUGAAAUCCAUGUUUGGAAUGGGCGAUAUGUCUGUUGGUUCUGAAAGUAGGAACAUGAAUGCUGGCAAUAAUACCUUUAAACAGUCCUGUGAUGUUUGUACUACAGCUCGACCAAACAGUACUGCUUUGCCUGAAUUUGACCAGCAGAAACUAAACAUUAAUAUUAAUCUCUUCAACCCCGAAACUACAAACUACAGUGGUAUAGGCACAACUAGUAAACCUAGGAUUUCGGUAAAAGAUAAAAUCAAGAUUAACUAUCCAGACAAAUCAGAAUCUCUAAUGAAUAGAUCUGAAAAUAAUGACAUGGAAGUAAAAUCCCUUACAUUUAAAAAAAGACCAAGAAAAAUGUCGCUUUGAUAUUUUUCUUUCACAAAACAAUUUUUUGUUUUACUCAUUUAUUGUGGAAUUUAUGUUUUUAGUUUUAUCCCAAGUAAUUUUAAUUUAUGUACAUAUG